CAGAGGAGGAAGGGGGUGGCUGGCCAUGGGGGUGCAUUUUCCACUCAGGGAAGAGCAGAGGAAAGGGCGCGGGCUGCGCUUCCUUGGGAAGCACGGGCUGAGUCACCAAGGCUCGGAGGGCAGCAGGGUGCGCAGGAUAGUGAGGUCCAGCCUCCUGCCGGCUUAGACUGCAGGAAGCGCAGGCGGCCCCCUCAGAUCUCCCCGAGGAGCGGCUGCUCAGACUGCACCUCGGCUGCAUCCUGGGAGGUCACGGGGACCGCGGCCAGCGUGCUCGUCCCAGCAGGUGUCUCCAGGCCACCAUGGCCCAGGACCUCAGCGAAAAGGAGCUGCUGCGGAUGGAGGUGGAGCAGCUGAAGAGGGAGGUGACGACCCCGAGGGCCCCGAUCUCCAAGACGGGGAAGGAGAUCAAGGACUACGUGGAGGCCCAGGCAGGGAGUGACCCGCUGCUCAGAGGCGUCCCGGAGGACAGCAACCCCUUCAAGGAGAAGGGCGGCUGCAGGCUGAGCUGAUGCCGCGGGCUGCGUCCUGCUCCGGGCCAACGUCCUGGGGUGCCGGGACCCAGCGCCCAUGGCUCUCAGAGGCACAGCAGGAGUCAAAGGGCUGCAGAGCGCAGUGAGAGUCUUCUCGACGGGGCCACGGCCCAGUCUUCCUUCCUUCCCACCUGUGCGCCCACAGGCACCCACCCAGGGACGCCCCAGGAGAGUCUGUGGCUGAGCACACCACGGCAGCAGGGGAUGAAGAGCCCACAAAGCUGGGCCUGGUGGUGCUCACCUGUAAUGCCCGCUUUCUCUGGGAGGCUGAGGCAGGAAGAUCUCAAGUCUUA